AUGAAACAAUUCGGCCUAGUGCUUUUCAUUCUCACCGUUUCUACUUUCGCUAUGGAUUCUUCAAGCUGCAAAACCCUUUCCUGCGGUUCUACAGGCAAGAGUACCACUGGCAAUUGUGUAACAGUUACAAGCACCACGGUUACUCUUAAUCCUUGUCCCUCAGAUUCUUACUGUAUUAAUGUAGAGCAGUUCCAGUCAGACGAGGACUUUACCUCUUCAGCUUGCACUCCUUCUGGAGCGACUACUUCUUCCGAUACCUGCCCAAGUUCACACACAGGACAGCUCGACACAUACAUUGACUACUGCUGUCAAAAUGAUGACUGUUCUAGUGGAAGCUGUGACACCGAUUCCCACAAAUGUAUUGGAAUCGCUAAAGGCCAGACUUGCACCUCAAGCGAAGAAUGCAAAUCUGGGCUGUUUUGUAGUAAUGGCAGUAGUGGGACCUGUAUUUCGGCAUUUUCAGAAGGUGACGUCUGCACAUCUGAUUACCAGUGUGACGUAGGCCUUGGGUGUGUUUAUGGGUAUUGUCUCGAGUAUUGGUCUAAAGAUAAUGGAAGUAAGACAGAAAAUGCCAAAUUUUGCAAGUCAGGGUAUAUGAAAAAUUAUGUAUGUGACAGUUUGGAUAUUUAUAUAGGUAAUGUUAAACAAGAAAAGCCUUGGAAAUGCACUAUUGGGGACACUUGCACCUAUAAAUGGACUGUUUCUGGAUCAACUCAUGACCAAGCUGACUGCGAAUGUGAUGGGACAGGCUCGACGACUGGGUAUUGCCCUAUAAGAAACUACCCAGCUAUAACUGGUUUCUCUGACGAUUUUUACGAAAAAUUCCAAUACUCUGAUAGUGACUGUGCAGGGGAUUAUGCCCAUAUAACUGAUUUAAGUGACGAUUUAAGCCAACUUUAUGCUUGCAACUCCAUCGAUUCUGAUGGAUACGAAUAUUUUUACAGCAUGCAAAAAAUCAUUAAUAGUUGGUCACUUUACACUUCAGGACAAAUUGACGACUGUGCUAAAAAAAUGGGAAUUUUUAACCCAAGCGACGAUAUAGAUACAUGGGACUCACUCCAGGUCCUUAAAAAUUUGAACCAAAGAUCGAGAAAUUUCUGUUUUUCGACCCCAUUUAAAUUGGAUCAAAAAUUUUUUGUUAUAGGCAAAUUAAAAAAUUUAUAUGAAAUACUUUUGCUAGCUAAUUUAAUGUUGCUAAAAUUGAAAAUUUAACUAUAAUUUAUUUUUAAUUUAAAAGGAUAGAUACAAAUAAAACACUAUUUAAAAAAUUUAGCGCUUUAAACCAAUAAAUUUCAUAAAUUUUUAUGAAAACUUUUAAUAAAUUCAUCUAUUUUGCUCUUAUAAUUUAAAGUGGGGAGUCAGCUGAAUUUUUAACAAUUUCAGCUAUUCUCAUUCUAUUUAGUUAG